GGCUGGUGUUUGUGUGUGUCUAUACAUAGAAACAAAAGAUUAAGAAGAAAAAAUCAUUAGUAGAGAUUUUAAACUUUGCAGGCAAAUUAAAGAUGGCUGGUUAUUCAAGAUUGCUGUCAACAAUCUCCAAGAAAAUUGUGAAACCUUUUACUCCCACUCCACCAACUCAAAGAAUUCACAAACUUUCACUUCUUGAUCAAUGCAUGGGCAAUUUUUACAUGCCUCUUGUCUUAUUUUACCCAAAACACCAACUAGAACAAGGACCUAAACAACUCUCUAAACUUCUUGAAAACUCAUUCUCAAAAGCAAUGACUUAUCACCAUCCAUGGGCGGGAAGUUUAAGAGAUAAUGCCACCAUCCUUUGUGAUGACACUGGGGCUGAGUUCUUUGAAGUUGAAGUUAAUUGUCCUAUGGCUCAAGUCGUUCAUCGCCCAGACUUAACAUUUCCUCCAGGACUAUCCUGGAGGAAUGUUCCUCCAGCAGAUGCUGGUGGCCGGUUGAGCGUAGCUCAAUUCAGCCAUUUUGACUGCGGAGGAAUAGCAAUCAGUGUGUGUCUGUCACAUAAGGUGGGUGACGCGCGCAGUGCCUUCUUUUUCUUGAAGGAUUGGGCUGCAUUAACUCGACAAUAUCCAAACGGGAAAUUAGUAUGUCCUUCAUAUUAUGUCCAGGAUUCAUUAAUGCCAUCACGACCCGAUGGUCCUUUGGACUUCCCAGUUGUGGUUGAGCCAAAUACGCAAGAAAGUGUCGAAUUUGAAAAGAGGUUUUUCUUAUCUGAAUCCAAGAUAAGAGCCCUCAAAGCACUGGUCGCAUCUGAUCCAUCAUCAGUAGUGCAAAAUCCAACAACGACCGAGGUUGCCAGUGCACUUGUUUACAAAUGUGCAGCAACUGCUGGGGCAAACUUAUCAAAUGGUAAUGAUUCUUCGUCUCAGUUAGUCCUGGUAUCGGAUUUACGAAAAACAAUUCCACCUCCAAUACCAUCAACCUCCACAAUUGGGAAUAUUCUCACCGCCUUUAACACACCAAUAUACAACCUAGGUGACCUUAGGUUGCCAAAAUUAGUAGCCGAUAUAAGAAGGUCCAAACACGAGCUCUCCACCAGAGAUAAUUUCAAAGAAAACACGUGGGUCUUAGAGAUGCUGGAAUACGCAAAUAGAAUUAAUACAGGGACAGAGGAUGAUCAGUCGUACCGCCAGAAGAGUUCAAGUCACGAUGUGUACCGAUGUAGUAGCAUAUGUAACAUGCCAUUUCAAGAUUUGGAUUUUGGAUGGGGGAGGCCUAGUAGAGCAAGCAUGGCAAGUGCACCAUUUAGCAAUAUGUUUUACUUGAUGAAUACACAUGAUCAAAGUAGAGGAAUUGAAGUGUUUGUCAACUUGAACCAACAACAAAUGUCCAUUUUUGAACAAGACAAGGACUUUCUCCAAUUUGCUACUCCUGUUGAUGAUGUUCAUGAGGACGAAGAGAAAUACUGCAGGGAAGCUUUCUAACUAUAUUGCAAAUGAAGAAAAUUCUUACAUGUGAUAACACAAGGAGCUUAUAAUUGAAUAAGGUUAUAAAUUGUAUUUAGCUAUGUUUCUAAAUUUCUAAUUCAUUUGUGUAUGAUGUGCUUGUGUUUAUUUUAUUGUAGAACACAAUUUUUUUAGUA